CGAUCACUCUACGAAGUAACAAUACAUCAUGAAAGUAUUCAUUCCAAUUUGUUUGCUAUUCGCUUUGGCUUCUGCUGAAUAUGUUGUAAAGACUCGUGAAAAUCUCUUACAAUUCCGCAAUGAAUGUGUAGCCGAACUUAAGGUCUCCGACGAGCUUGUUGAGCAAUACAAAAAAUGGCAAUACCCCAACGAUGAUGUCACCAAGUGCUACUUGAAAUGUGUUUUCGGUAAAUUUGAACUCUUCGAUGCAGAGAAUGGCUUCAAUGUUGAGAACAUUCAUCACCAAUUGGUGGGUGACAACGCCAAGGCCGAUCACAAUGACGAAAUCCAUGCCAAAAUUGUGUCCUGCGUCGAUAAAAACGAACAAGGUAGCGAUUCAUGCGAAUGGGCUUAUCGCGGUGCCACCUGUUUCUUCAAGAACAAUUUGCAGUUGGUGCAAACCAGCGUCACCCCUCAAGCCUAGUGAUA